GAUGAAUUAGAAGCUGGUGAGACAGAUGCUACUUGUCCUAGCUGUUCAUUGGUUGUUAAAGUAAUUUAUGACCCAGAAAGUUUACCACACAAACAAAAACUAGCAGUUACAACAAAAAGUCUUGAAAAGUGUUGAUCCUAUGGCUGGCGCGUCGAGAGGACGGGGACGAGGAGGUGGUAGUGGUGGAGGGUUUGGGCGGCCACACGUAUCCAUCGGAACUGAAAGAACUGAACCAGACGACCCACUCGAUUUCAAAGCACCUGAACUCUUUCCGCCACUGCGAGCCAAUGUUACCGAAAUUGAAGAAGACAGUGAAGACGAAGAUUUAAUCUCAUUCGAACAACAAUUAGCCAAGCAUUUUCAUAGUGCUCCGUCGUUUAUAUCUAAAGAUGAGUUUACUAGUCCUUGGUCGUACCUCAAGAGUGUAGAAAACCAUAGUUAUUUUCCUCCGUCCUUGCUACCAAAAAAGAAGAAAAUUUCAUCCAAUGAAAAACCAUUGACAGACAAGCAGUGGAUGGAUAAAUUGAAAGCCGAAGUAGCCAACCAUGAUUAUUUGUCGUUAAAACAAAUCGUGUCUGCCAAGAAAACCAAAAUCAACGAUUUCCUCAACCCAGCCAGUAAAAAGAAGGUAAAAACUGAAAACGGCCCUUCCACUUCACAAUUGUUCAACGAAAGUGUUGUUAAAGAACUCGAGGAAGAGGAAGACAUUGAUGUCGAAGAUAGCGAAGAACCAAAAAAGAAAGAGGAAGAUGAAAAAGAAGGAGAAGUAAAAGAGAUUGAUGAUGAGUUGGAAAGUGAUGUCGACGAUGAGUUGGAUGAUGGAACCGACUACAAUAAAAAUUAUUUUGAUAACGGGGAAGGAUAUUUAGAUGAUGAGGAUGAUGGUUUAGAUGAUAAUGACGCCAUCUACUAAUACGAUUCAACUAUUAUUUUUGUGUAAUGAGCUUUAUUAUUUUUUAUGUAUCAUAUUAUAUGUUUUUCAUUUGUUACCUAGGUUAAUAAAAAAAACCAUUGUAUUAUUAAUUAAUACAUCUCUCAUUGAAUGUAGUUACUAAUUACUGAUAAAUUUA